UAAAAUGUCCACAAACAAUCCAUACAAUUCUUUGAAUGUUGUCAGAGGCUCCACAACAACAGCAUCUGCUUCAUCACAACCAGCACGGAAGCAGCAUCACGGUUUGUUGGUGGGAAGAAGAAUCAUUGACCAACAAGAAGAGUACACUGAUACAAUUAAAGAUGAUGAUCAUUCAACAGCAUUAACACUCACGGAUUGCCGUAAGGAUCAUGAAAGAGGACCCGAAGUGAUUAUUCCUUUCCCCAAUCGUUCUCAUCAACAGGUAAAGAAGAGAAUAAGAGCAUCAGCUGGUUUUCAAGUUAAUCUAUUAUGUUCAGAGGUUUAUGAUGAUGAACAACACAAUUCUGAAUUAUUAACUCAUCAUGAGGAUGAUUUGGACCAUAGUCAGAAGGAAUAUGAUUUGAUAACUCCUCUCGAUAGCAAGCUUCCUGAUAGUUGCUUCCCAAUGACAAAGAAGAGAAUUAAACACCAUGCAGACAAUCAAACAUGCUCACAUCAAAAUAUCCAUACAAAAUAUUUAGAGAUUAAUUCAACAUCUACUUCGUGUGCUCCAUCAAUUAUCGAAUCACCAGAAAGCCCACAAGCUUGUGUUCCAUCCUGUCAUUUACCAAGUGAUAUUAUUGAAAUUAUAUUCAAUUUCAUGGAAGAUUCUUCGAGAAAGAUUGCAGAGUGGGUGAGCAUUGAUUUUCACAGAGCUUGUUUGCAAGUGGAGAAGAGAGACUUGUUCAGACUAUGGAAUUUGGAAAACUCUUGCCUUCUCAAACCAUUGAACGAAGACACUGUCAGUCCAAUACUCAUUACACAACUCGAAAGAAAAUUUCAAGUUAUUCUUCCAUAUCAUUUAAAGACCUUUCUCAUAGAAUUGAGUGAUGGAAGAGCAAGUUGGCAUAACAAAUUCCUUCACGUUUCAAACAUGUUGCUACCUAUUAGUGAAUGGAGAGAUGAAGGUGAACAAGUCAAGAUUGGUGAAACUUCAGAUGGCUCAACACUCAUACACUUGUGUAAACAGAAUGGCUCUCUCUGGUUUAAACAUACAAAACAUAGUGAGAUUGUAAAUUUUAAGAAUUGGAUUCAGAUGAAGAAGAAACACUUUUAUCAUGUUCACUACAACAUUGGUUCCAUUUUACAGAGAGAAAGUCUUCCAUAUUCAUUCCAUACAUACAGAGAGAUUCCAAGUAGUUGUAACUUUAAAACAAUAGUCAAAGCUAUGGUAACUCAGAACGGUAGCUUGUUUAGAUAUGCCAAUGAUACAUUGAAGGAUGAUGAAGAGGUUGCCCUUUGUGCUAUUCAAAAUAAUUCUUCAGCAUUUCAUGAAUGCUCUGCUGCACUCAAAGACAAUGUAAAUAUUGCUAAGGCUGCUGUAAAACAAAAUGGUUUCCUAUUGCAACAUAUUUCUCAAAGACUGAGAGAUGAGUUUGAUAUUGUGGAAUUGGCCAUUCGUAACAGACCAAUGGCUCUUCAAUAUGCAAGUACUACUUUGAAGAAGAACCCAAUAUUGGCAUAUCUUGCAGCAACAACUUGUGGUGAUGUGUUUGAGAAUGCUCUUCAAUUUGCAGGAGUAGAACUAAGAGCAAACAAAGAAUUCAUGGCAAAAGUAUUGAAUGUUAAAGGCAUUUGUCUAAAAUAUGCAUCUGAUGCUUUGAAGGACGAUGUCGACACGGUAUUUUUAGCUGUAAAUCAAAAGGGAACAGCUAUCCAAUAUGCCACACCAACCCUUAAAAGAGAUCUCACUGUCAUUUCAGCAGCUGUCUUUCAAGAUGCCAGAUCAUUGAAGUAUACUCCCGAGUCAAUUAAAUCCCAAAAACAAUUCAUAUUAGAUAUGAUCGAGCUUAAUCCAAAAGCUCUCGAGUUUGUACCAGAUCAUUUCAGACAUGAUAGAGAAGUUGUUUUAAAUGAGAUAGCUGUUCAAAGGGAUGGCAUGACACUCUAUUUUGCUUCUAAAACUUUGAGAGGUGACUUGCCAAUUGUUUUGGCAGCCAUUUCACAAACCGAUAAGGCAUUACAAUAUGCCACAUAUGAAUUUUCAAAGAUCAAACCAAGUUGUGGAGCUGCUGCAAAUGUUUGUUUUCUUACCAGUGAGUCAGUUUAUUGUGCAAAUUUGGGAGAUUGCAGAGCUUUGGUAUUUGUUGGUGAAAGUAAUAAUCAAUGUGAAUGCACAGUCAUGUCAAGAGAUCACAAAGCUCAUUAUGAAAAGGAAAGAAUGCAACAAAUUGGAGUUAAGGUUGUGAAUACACUCCCUUCUAGAACUUUUGGAGAUUUUCAAUACAAACAACCAGCUGUAAAGACAACUUUGAACAAACCAAAUUUAGAGGUUGAUGUAAUUAUAUCCACUCCUGAAAUUAGAUUCAUUGAUAUUUCUGGAAAGCAUGGAAGUGUUUUAAUAGCAUGUGAUGGUUUAUUCGACAAGUUGACCAAUGAAAAUGUUGAAAACUUGUUCAAAGAACUAAAAUUUGAAAAGGCAAGAACUUCCCAAGAAAUUGCUUUCGAUUUUUGUCAAACUGCCUUAGAAAAGAAAACGAAAGACAAUGUUUCUGUAGUAAUUGUGCAUUUUUAA